GCCGCGGCGCCCCAUCCCGCCUGUCCCGGUCGGUCGGUCUGUCAGUCUGUCCAUCCGCACCCAGGCCUCGCCCCACCCGGGCCCGGGGGCUGCCCGGCUGCCCUCCUACCCAGCUGCCGCGGACCCCCUCUUUCUGGGCCGGACCCCGCCGCCGGCCAGAAGGCAAGCCGCACCGCUGUCGCCCCAGACCCUGGGCCAGCAUCCCGACAUCAGGGGUUUGCAUCCCAUGAUUGGAUGGAGAGAUCCGGCAACCCGAGCCUGGAAUCCUGAUCUUGGACCAGUACCCCAAGAUCCGACCGUGAAACCCUAAAACCUGGACCCUGAACCCCAGUAUCUGGGGCUCCAAUCCCAACAUCAGUCCCUAGGACUCCCAAGAUUUGGAAACUGAAUUCCAUGAUUUGGAGUAUGGACCCCAAGAUUUGGAGCCAGAACCUCAGCAUUUGGCAUCUAAGCCCCCAAAUCUGCAGCUGAACUCUGAAUUCUCUGCUUGGCACCUCGAAAUCUGGGACUGGAUUCCCAAAUCUGGCCCUCGGAACCCACUAUUUGAGAACUGAACCGUGGGAUUUAGGCCUCAGGUUCCAAGAUCUGAAUGAAGGGAUUCCAGGGGGCCUUGAACCUGAAUUUGGGCCUGAAGUCCUUGCUGCAGACCUGAAUGCUGAAAUCUGCAGCUAGAGACCUCCAAAUCUGGACUCAGCAUCCAAUAUUUGAACACAGAGCCCCAGUAUCAAAUUCCAGGACUGGACUUGGGACUCAGACUUUAACUUCCCUGUUUGGCUCUUUGGCAUUGCAAGACUGGAGCUGAGAGACGUCGAUUCUGAAAAACUCAAACUAGGGCCUGGGUCUCUAAGAUUGAACCCAAGAGGCCCAAUAUUUGGGGGUCUGGGACCCCAAGUAUCAAGGUCUGGAGACCACAUCCACAGAUUUGAUUAGAGACACGACAGGCCCUCCCCAGAGGCCUUGGGGACAAGGAAAGUAUGACCAGAUGUCCCCUCCAGAGCCCUGACCUCUGACCCCCUUGGAGCCUGAGGACUCUGCUCCCUGGGGUGGCUUCCAGCUCAGGCCACCCUCGCCCGCGAUGGCCGUCCUCCCAUUGCUUCUUUGCCUGCUCCCGCUGGCCCCCGCCUCGUCUCCACCCCAGCCAGCCUCAUCUAGCCCGUGUCCCCGCCGCUGCCGCUGCCAGACCCAGUCACUGCCCCUAAGCGUGCUGUGCCCAGGGGCAGGCCUCCUGUUCGUGCCACCCACUCUGGAUCGCCGGGCCGCUGAGCUGCGCCUGGCAGACAACUUCAUCGCAGCUGUCCGCCGCCGCGACCUGGCCAACAUGACAGGCCUGCUGCAUCUGAGUCUUUCUCGAAACACCAUCCGCCACGUGGCAGCUGGCGCCUUUGCUGACCUCCGUGCCCUGCGUGCCCUGCACCUAGAUGGUAACCGGCUGACCUCGCUGGGCGAGGGGCAGCUGCGCGGCCUGGUCAACUUGCGUCAUCUCAUCCUAAGCAACAACCAGCUGGCAGCCCUGGCGGCUGGCGCCUUGGACGACUGUGCUGAGACCCUGGAGGACCUCGAUCUCUCCUACAACAACCUGGAGCAGCUGCCCUGGGAGGCCCUGGGCCGCCUGGGCAACGUCAAUACAUUGGGCCUCGACCACAACUUACUGGCUUCUGUCCCUGCUGGCGCCUUUUCCCGCCUGCACAAGCUGGCAAGGCUGGACAUGACCUCCAAUCGCCUGACCACCAUCCCACCUGACCCACUCUUCUCCCGCCUGCCACUGCUUGCCCGGCCCCGGGGCUCCCCGGCCUCCGCCCUGGUGCUGGCCUUUGGUGGGAACCCCCUGCACUGCAACUGUGAGCUGGUGUGGCUGCGGCGCCUGGCUCGGGAGGAUGACCUUGAGGCCUGCGCCUCACCACCAGCUCUGGGAGGCCGCUACUUCUGGGCUGUGGGUGAGGAGGAGUUCGUGUGCGAGCCACCUGUGGUGACACACCGCUCGCCGCCCCUGGCUGUGCCUGCAGGUCGGCCAGCUGCCCUACGCUGUCGGGCAGUAGGGGACCCAGAACCCCGAGUGCGUUGGGUGUCACCCCAGGGCCGGCUGCUGGGCAACUCGAGCCGUGCUCGUGCCUUCCCCAAUGGGACACUGGAGCUGCUGGUCACCGAACCGGGUGAUGGUGGCGUUUUCACGUGCAUUGCAGCCAAUGCAGCUGGCGAGGCCACAGCUGCUGUGGAGCUGACCGUGGGUCCCCCACCACCCCCCCAGCUAGCCAAUAGCACCAGCUGUGAUCCCCCGCGGGACGGGGAUCCUGAUGCCCUCACCCCGCCCUCCGCUGCCUCUGCCUCGGCCAAGGUGGCUGACACCGUGGCCCCUACUGAUCGUGGUGUCCAAGUAACUGAGCAUGGGGCCACAGCAGCUCUUGUCCAGUGGCCAGACCAGCGCCCCAUUCCAGACAUCAGGAUGUACCAGAUCCAGUACAACAGCUCGGCGGAUGACAUCCUCGUCUACAGGAUGAUCCCGGCAGACAGCCGCUCCUUCCUGUUGACGGACCUGGCAUCAGGCCGAACCUACGAUCUGUGCGUGCUCGCGGUCUACGAGGACAGCGCCACCGGGCUGACGGCCACGCGGCCAGUGGGCUGCGCCCGCUUCUCCACCGAGCCUGCGCUGCGGCCGUGCGGAGCCCCGCACGCGCCCUUCCUGGGCGGCACCAUGAUCAUCGCGCUGGGAGGCGUCAUCGUGGCCUCGGUACUGGUCUUCAUCUUCGUGCUGCUUAUGCGUUACAAGGUGCACGGCGGCCAGCCCCCCGGCAAGGCCAAGGCCACUGCACCUGUCAGCAGUGUUUGCUCCCAGACCAAUGGCGCUCUGGGCCCCACGCCCACUGCUCCCGCCCCUGAGCCCGCUGCGCCCAGAGCCCACACCGUGGUCCAGCUGGACUGCGAACCCUGGGGGCCCAGCCACGAACCUGCGGGACCCUAGCUGGGAGCCCACCUCUAACGGCUCCUCUGGCUCCAGGGACAGCAGGACCCGGACACCCUUCGGGACCUGGCCUCAGACUCACCAAAUUGCUCUCGGUUUUUAAAACUCUGAUGGGGAGGGUGUCGGGGCAUCAGGGCACAACAAGAAAGUCCUAUUUUUCUAAGCUUGGGC